UGGCUUGCUCCGUUCACUCGCCUCGCUGAGCCGCAGCCGGCCAAGUCACGGUCCGAAGCCGUCAAUCGUCCCUCAUCCUCCUCACUUUCGUCGCGUGAGCACAUUGCCCACCAUCACCAGCCGCAGCCAUGGACGCCAUCAAGAAGAAGAUGCAGAUGCUGAAGCUGGACAAGGAGAACGCCAUCGACAGAGCCGAGCAGGCCGAGUCGGACAAGAAGGCGGCGGAGGAGAAGACCAAGCAGCUCGAGGAUGAGCUGGUGGCUCUGCAGAAGAAGCUCAAGGGGACAGAGGACGAGCUGGACAAGUACUCGGAGGCCCUCAAGGACGCCCAGGAGAAGCUUGAGGUCGCCGAGAAGAAAGCGGCUGACGCCGAGGCUGAUGUGGCGUCGCUGAACAGGCGCAUCCAGCUGGUUGAGGAGGAGCUGGACAGAGCGCAAGAGCGUCUCACCACCGCCCUGCAGAAGCUGGAGGAUGCCGAGAAGGCGGCCGACGAGAGCGAAAGAGGCAUGAAGGUGAUUGAGAACCGGGCUGGUAAGGAUGAGGAGAAGAUGGAACUUCAGGAGAUUCAGCUCAAAGAGGCCAAGCACAUCGCUGAGGAGGCUGAUCGCAAGUACGAGGAGGUCGCCCGUAAGCUGGUCAUCAUCGAGGGGGAGCUGGAGCGCACAGAGGAGCGCGCGGAGAUCUCAGAAACCCGGGUCCGGCAAAUGGAAGACGAACUAAGGCACGUGCAGGAGGAACUGAGGUCCCUAUUCGCGUCGGAAGAACAGUACUCGCAAAAAGAGGACAAGUAUGAGGAGGAGAUCAAGGUGCUCACGGACAAGCUGAAGGAGGCUGAGACCCGUGCCGAGUUUGCCGAGAGGUCCGUGGCGAAGCUGGAGAAGACCAUCGACGAUCUGGAAGACAAGCUGGAACACGCGCAAGAGCAAAACGUCAGCAUCCAGAGGGCGCUGGAGCAGACCAUCAGGGAGAUCCACGACCUCUGAGACGUGUCGGCCUUCUCAGGGUCGGGGGGAGGGAGAGGUGGGGCCCCUCAUCACACGUGGCUCGGGGUGGGGAUAUUCGUCGCCUAUAGCUGGGGCCAAAAACUUAUUUGCUGCCAAUGAUCCGGUGAUAUUUGUUUUAUAUUGUUAUUGUUUUAGUGCAAAACAAAAAUCGUAAUUUUCACGAUACUACCAUUCCAUAUUUUUGACAAGCAGGGGGUGCAAAUACACAGUGGUGUCUGGCCAACAAGUGAAAUGUGUUGUGCACUAUCAACAGCACAGUUAUGCGCUACCAACCAGAAAGGUUCUAAGAUCUAGAGUUUUUACAAAGCUGUCGAGUGUGAAACCCAGUAUUUGCCAUAGACUGUUCGUAGAAAAUCUAUAAUUUAAGCCGUCAACUUUUAAAAUAUGCCAUCUGUGUACACAUUUCCGUUGCGCUUGCAUCCAUUUCAUGUUUUGUACGGGGGUAUUUAAUUAUUUUGUUUAAAUAUUAACUGGCAGCUGAAGGUAGGGGGAGAAAAACCAAUGAUCUGAUACUUUGUUGGGUAUAAAUGGUCAGCAGGGACUAAUUUAGAUGUGUUUUUAAUUGCUGAACCAAAAUAAUACAUAUCAUGUUUGGCAUUCCACUUCUUUGUAAAGAGCUUUUUCUUUAUAAACCCUAAUCUACUAUUUCAUACUUUAGGUCUUCAAAUCGCUGCACAAUCUAAGCCGGCAAAUCUCUCCAAUCGUGUCCUCUUUCCAUAAUCUAUUAUAUACAUGUAGCCAAAGCGGUCUCAUGUGCAGAUGAGCAAACAUUUUGGCAUGGAUUUUUCUGUACAAUUUUGAAAGCCCCCACCCCCCGCCGCCGCCUGCGUAAAUUAAGCAGUGUCGCUCAGUGUGUCUGCCUGUAAUCCUACGCUGGAGAAUGAAACGUCCUCUGUACGAAAGCAAUAUUCUGGGUAGAUUGAGUCAUUCAAUGACUCAUUCAAUUACUUAAUGUACUAAGGUGCCACGGUGGCGAGAUGUUGACUACAUCGCCUGGUAUACAGGAGGUCGUGGGAUCGAUCCCGACCCUGACGCCUGCUGUGUAUUUGGAGUUUGCGGUGUCUCUCUCUCUCAUCAUCAUCACGGUGGCUCGGAGAUGUUAACUACCUCGCCUGGUAUACAGGAGGUCGUGGGUUCGAUCCCGAUCCUGCCACUUGCUGUAUAUUUGGAGUUUGUGCGUUCUCCCCGUGGUUGCAUGGAUUUUUCUCCAGGUCCUCCGGAUUUUCCCUCCACAUUAAUUUGGCUGCUAUAAAUUUCCACGCGCUGAUAAGCCACUUCGUUGAGCUAUCACUUGUGGCCAGGCCGCUUGUGAAAACGAGCGAUGUAGCUCAGUGGUGACUUACCUGGUAAAAUAAAAUCGUUUAGUUUGUCUUUUUUCAUUCCUGUGCAUCAGCUCCUUCACACCACGAGCUGCGCAUUUUCAAGCGUGGUCUUUAAAUUGCUUGCGAUUGUUUCUGAAAGCGUCAUGCCAAGGGCUAAAACGAUUUGCCUGGUCUGGUCAUCUAUGUGUAUUCUGCAUUUUGAAAUAAAAUUGAAAAAAAACCUC